GCUGCAGGGCGCAGCUCCGUACUGGAGACGGGAGCGGAGACGCGCAGACCGAUCUCCCCCCAUCCUCCGCAGUCUCCUUCUCAUCCUGCGCGUCAGGCAGGCUGACUGACUGACUGACUGAAUGAGUUGCAGAUCACCACAUCAACCAAACUAACCCACUGACGGCGCAGGCUGCUCUUCCAUCUCGCACGGGAGCACAAACAGUAUGUGAAUGGCGGCAGAAAGCGGCACAGUUGUCACAGAGGAGCGGGAAGAGCUCCCUGCCUCCGGAGCUGUCACUCACGUGCACCACACCCGGAGCCAGAGCCACAUCCAGUUUCAACCUCUGACACACACCACCGCCCAGUGGCAGGCUCCUCGUGCUCUGGCUCACACAAGGAGUCACAGCCACACUCAGUUUAACACUCGCUCACACACACAGGCUCAGAGGUACGGCUGUCGCCUCACGCACAGUCUCUCAGCCAUGACCAAGGGAGAGAGGGGAGUGCAGAGCUCUGCGGGCAAGCCGAUGAAGCCCAGCGAACCGCUGUUUCCCAAAACUUCUCCGCAGACCGACUUGAGCCAGAAGUUGUCAGUAUGCGGCAAACUGUGUUUCGCAAUCGGAGGCGCACCCAAGGAGGUGGCUGCCAGCGCCACGGCCUUCUUCCUGCAGAUCUACCUGCUUGACGUCGCUCAGAUCAACGCCUUCCAGGCCUCCAUGGUGCUGUUCAUCGGUAAGGCCUGGGGUGCAGUGACUGACCCAGUUGUUGGUUUCUUCAUUACCAAGAGCAGAUGGACCAAGAUUGGAAGACUCAUGCCCUGGAUGGUUGGUUGCACUCCUUUCCUGGUGGUGUCGUACUUCUACCUCUGGUUCGUCCCUCCUUUCAGCAGUAGCGGCCGGUUCAUCUGGUACCUAGGCUUCUACUGCCUCUACCAAACCCUCAUCACUUGUUUCCACGUGCCUUACUCUGCUCUCACCAUGUUCCUGAGCACAGACCAGAAGGAAAGAGACUCCGCCACCGCUUACCGAAUGACAAUGGAGGUGCUGGGGACACUUGUGGGCGCCGCCAUCCAGGGCCAGAUUGUGGCCAGCGCUCACACUCUGAAGCACUGCCCUACUCACAACACGUCUGCCGGUUACCUUGGCAACAGCAGCGGGGCAGAGAUCGUCAAGAGCCUGGUGCGCUCCCAGGACUACCUGUCACACUCUAAGGAGGUGUACAUGAUAGCUGCUGGUGUUAUAGGAGGAGUGUUCCUCAUCUGCACCGUGGUGAUGUUCCUGGGAGUCAAAGAAAGAGACGAUCCGUACGCUCCAAAGACAGAGAAGCAGGUUCCUUUCCUCCAGGCCUUCGUCCUGGUGAUGAGGCACGGGCCGUACCUCACCCUAACCGCCGCGUUCCUCUUCAUCACCGUCGCCAUUCAGCUGGUACAGAGCAACUUCGUCCUCUUCUGCACUUACGCCGCCGACCUGAGGGAUCACUUCCAGAACAUUGUACUGACCAUCCUGGUGUCUGCAGUCAUAAGCAUUCCGCUGUGGCAAUGGUUUCUGCAGAGGUUUGGAAAGAAGACGGCGGCUUUUUGCGGCAUCACGUGGAUCAUGCCCUUCACCAUGAUGCUGGUGUUCAUCCCGAACGUGGUGGUGGCCUACGUGGUGGCCGUCUCGUCUGGCCUCAGCGUGGCCGCGUCGCUCCUACUGCCGUGGUCCAUGCUGCCAGAUGUGGUGGAUGACUUCAGACUGGCCAACCCCUACUGUAAAGGCCACGAAGCCAUCUUCUACUCAUUCUACGUCUUCUUCACCAAGUUUGCUGCCGGAAUCUCCCUGGGGGUGUCCACCCUCUGCCUGGAGUUUGCAGGGUACGACACCGGCGCCUGCAAGCAGCCCGCUCCCGUUGUGUACACCCUGAAGCUGCUGAUCGGUGCCGCCCCAGUGGCCUUCAUUGUUACGGGGUUAAUGGUCCUGCUCCUCUACCCCAUCAGCGAAGACGUACGGCUCAGGAACAAACUGUGCCUGGAAGAGCUACGGAAACAAAGCAUCAGCUCCAGAACAGUGGAAGAUUUGAGUAAUGUGUGACCUGGAUCUUGAAUGGAGUGAAUUCACAAAGCCACGGAUUCCAGUGCUGCCGCUGGAAAGUUGUUCGUUAGUGUAUAUUACACUGAUAAAUAAUUCAGUUGUUUUAAUGUAAACAUUUUUCGUUUCAUUUUCACGCGUACUGUAUAGUCAUCUUAGAGCUAUGAAUAUAUAACAAGAUUACCUUAUUUAUAUAAAUGAAUGUAUAUGAUUAUUUGCUGUGUUUAGCUCUACAACGGCGUUAUUUAUUUAUGAUAUAUGGUGACAAAUGGAUUGAUUAUAUAAAAUGAAUAAAUGUUGUAGAGACUGGUUGGUA